AUGUCCAGCAAUACAGUCUAUUUGGUUACAGGCACCAACAGGGGUAUUGGGAGGUAUAUUGUCGCUUCUCUAGUUAAGCGUCCCAACACAACAGUUAUCGCCACUGUUCGUGACCCUAAGUUCGUCUUUACGGAUAUUAAUCCGCACGCGACCAGCAAGCUCGUUACCUUCCCCCUUGAUGAUGAUGUCCUGGAGAUCAACUUUGACAGUCUGUCCUCUCGUUUACUUGAGAUAGUGGAUCAUCUUGAUAUUGUCAUCGCAAAUGCUGGUUAUUCUAGCGGCUUCAAGCAUAUCAAAGAGACGACUGCUGAUGAGAUCGCUACUGACUUUCAAGUUAACACCAUCGGUGUUGUGAAACUCUUCUUUGCCACCCGGGAUCUACUAUCGAAGAGCAAGGCCGGUGAGGCAGGCAAGAAGUUUAUUGUUGCCAGCAGCCACCUUGGCAGUAUCUCCGAUCAUCCAAAUGUCCCUAGCGCAUCAUACAGCAUUAGCAAGGCAGCAGUUAACCAGUUCGCAAAGAUGGCCAGUAUCGAGUUCAAACACGAGGGUCUGAAGAUUGGCAUUCUUCAUCCGGGUUGGGUUAAAACCUCCAUGGGUCAGGCACUUGCGGAUGCGCUCAACCAGAAGGAGCCGACGAUGACUACAGAGGAGAGUGCUCAAAGAGUGAUCAAAAUCACUGAUGAGCUGAAUCUCGAAACCUCUGGUACCUUCUUCGACAGUGAUGGCUCAGUCAUUGCGUGGUAA